AUGGGAUUUGAUAAUGAGUGCAUAUUGAAUAUCCAAUCUCUUGCCGGAGAGUACUUUUGUCCAGUUUGUCGUUUGCUUGUCUACCCAAAUGAAGCAUUGCAGUCACAGUGCACUCAUUUAUACUGCAAGCCCUGUUUGACAUACGUAGUGAGCUCUACCCGAGCUUGUCCAUAUGAUGGCUACUUAGUGACAGAAGCAGAUGCCAAGCCACUUAUUGAAUCAAAUAAGUCCCUUGCUGAAACCAUAGGAAAAAUAGCAGUUCAUUGCCUCUAUCACAGGAGUGGAUGCACAUGGCAGGGACCUUUAUCUGAGUGUACAUCUCAUUGUUCUGGAUGUGCCUUUGGCAAUUCUCCUGUAGUAUGUAACAGGUGUGGAAUCCAAAUUGUGCAUCGUCAAGUGCAGGAGCAUGCACAAAAUUGCCCGGGUGUGCAGCCUCAAGCGCAGCAGGCUGAGGGUGCAUUGGAUACUUCAGCUUCUGGCACAUCAGCUACUGCUGAUCAGACCCAGGCUGCCACUCAGUCAGGAAUAGCAACAUCUCAGGCCCAGGUUUCUCAAACUACAAGUGUCACAGCACCUGGACCUGAUCCUAAUCAGAAAGCAAACUCAAGUUCUCAAGCUGUUGUUCAAGCUGCUGUGCCGUCUGCUGAACAGUGGUACCAACAUCAGCAACAAUAUCAACAGUACUACCAGCAGUAUCCUGGGUAUGAUCCAUAUCAACAACAAUAUCAGAACUACUAUCCCUAUCAACAGCCAGCAGUUCCACAAUCACAGCAGCAGCAUUUGCAGUCUCAUCCACCAUAUGGGACAGUCCAGCAUCAAUCUCAGACAUACUUGCAAUCGCAGCCCCAAACUCAACCUCCACUACAGCCUCAAUUAUCUCAAUCUCAAGCUCAAGCUCAAGCUCAACCCCAACCCCAACCCCAAAUUCAGCCCCCACAUGUGCAGGCUCCUGUUGCCGCUCAAACUCAAAAUCAGGCACAAGUUAACCAACAGCAGCAACUUCACCCUGCAGUGCAGACUUACCCGGCAGCUCAUGGGCAGCCACAUCCUCAACCCCUACCAUAUUUCCAAGCUCCAACCCAUUCACAGCCACAUCCUCAACAUGUGCAAAUGCCUCAUAAUCAGCAAGCCCAAAUUCAGCAACAUACCCAGUCCCAGCUUCUCCUGCAACAGCAUCCCAUUUCUCAACCCCAACCUCAUUCACAACCUCAGCAACAGGCACAGCUUCAACAACAUCCCCAGCCCAAUCCCCAACUUCACCCUUCUCAGCCCAUGAAUGCUACCAUCCAGCCUCAGACACAACAUCCAUCAUCUCAUGCAGUGACUGGCAAUCACUUGUACCCUCAACCUCACCUUCACCAACCAGUGCAGUCAGGAGCCCCACAACAACGUACUAUGCAUGUGCAAUCUCAUGGAAUGCCUCACUCCCAGUCACAAACUCCCAUUCAAAUACAGAGUCAGUUCCCUCAACAACCCCCACUUAUGCGGCCGCCCCCAUCUCAUACAACAAUUCCAAACCAGCAGCAGCCACCUUUGUUGCCUUCUCCUGGUCAAAUCCAAAACAUCAAUCCUGCACAACAGCAGCCUGUUCACUCUUAUGGUCACCCACCUGGGAAUACUGUCCAUCAGCGCCCUCAUAUGCAGGCAGUUCAACAACCGACUCCUCAGCAAUAUUUCCACCACCAGCCUUUUGUACAACAGCAACCACCUACACAGCUACGUCCCCAGGGUCAAUCUCAUUUGUUCCCUCAACAUAUUCAUGCCUCUACACAGUCUCAGCAGAACGUUGCAUUGUCUCAGGGCAUUCAACAUACCCAGUCUAAUCUUGGCGGAAGGCCUAUGAUGCCAAUUCAUGGAGUACAAUCUCAGACCUAUGCACAAACUGCUGGAGGUGUUUACAUGAGGCCAAUGCAUCCUGCUGCAAACCUUCCAUCUACAAAUCAGAACAGUAUGGUCAGCACAAACAACCUAGUGCAGUCUGGAGCAAACUCGGGACCAACUACGUCUGAGAGGCAAGCUGAGCAAGAAUCUGAGUUAUCGGCUCAGCAAAAUGCUAAAAAGGUUGUACAUGAUGUGGGUACAGCAUCUGGUGUGGUAGCUGAUGCGGAGGUUAAAACUGCGAAAUCUGAGACGGAUAUUAAGUCCAUUGAUAAUGAGAAUAAACCUACUGGUGAAGAUAAAACUAAUCAGGGAGACACAUCUUCCAAGGAGAUUCCAGAUGUACAUGCACUUGAAAAUGGAGAGUCUGUAAGUAAAUCAAUGUUGAAGGAAGAGGGUGUGGAUGGUACUCUAGACCAUUCAAGUAACGGUAAAUUGGGUGAAGUUGUAGCUGAGGGUGCAAAAGAUGUUUCCAGCAGUGACAUGAAACAGAGAGAGCUUAAAGAAAUCCCAGCUGAAGAAGCUCAACUUCAUGAAGAACAGGGUCGGAUGUUGCAGAAGGAUGCUAGUGGCAAUCCGCAGCCUUUUAUUGGCACUGAUGAGGGAUCUCAAGCUGUAUCUACUUCAGCUCCAAUAUCUGAUCAAGGAAAGCAUCUGCCUCAUCAUGGACCUACUACAAUCCCACAAAGACCUGGCGCACCUCUUUUGUUACAAGUGCCUCCAGGACCUCCUCAUCAUACACAGGGGCCUGGGCAUCAUCUAAGGCCUCCAGGGCCUGCACAUGUUCCUGGACAGCCUUUUCAUUCAUCUGAGCAUUUCCAGCCACAUGGUGGCAACCUGGGCUUUGGAGCAUCAUCUGGCAGGGCAGGUCAGUAUGGUCCUCAAGGAAGCAUCGAACUACAAUCUGUUACUCCGCAUGGGCCUUAUAACGAAGGUCAUUUACCAUUUCCACCCACUAGUGCUUUUGAUUCUCAAGGUGGCAUGAUGUCAAGAGCAGCACCAAUUGGACAGCCAUCUGGUAUCCACCCAAAUAUGUUGAGGAUGAAUGGAACUCCAGGCCUUGACUCCUCAUCAACUCAUGGGCCGAGGGAUGAAAGGUUUAAGGCUUUUCCAGGCGAGCGGUUGAAUCCCUUCCCAGUGGAUCCGACACAUCAUGUUAUUGACCGAGUAGAGUUUGAAGAUGAUCUGAAGCAAUUCCCUAGGCCUUCGUAUCUGGAUUCUGAGCCUGUUGCAAAAUUUGGGAAUUACUCGUCAAGGCCAUUUGAUAGGGCACCUCAUGGCUUCAAGUAUGAUAGUGGUCCGCAUACAGAUCCUGCAGCUGGCACUGCUCCAUCAAGGUUCCUGUCUCCCUAUCGUCUUGGUGGUUCAGUGCAUGGGAAUGAUGCAGGAGAUUUUGGGAGAAUGGAGCCUACUCAUGGUCAUCCAGAUUUUGUUGGACGGCGUCUUGUGGAUGGUUUGGCUCCUCGAAGCCCAGUUAGAGAUUACCCUGGCCUCCCACCUCAUGCGUUUAGAGGCUUUGGCCCUGAUGAUUUUGAUGGCAGGGAGUUUCAUCGAUUUGGUGAUCCACUUGGAAAUCAAUUCCAUGAGGGUAGGUUUUCUAGUUUGCCUGGUCAUUUUCGUAGGGGAGAGUUUGAGGGUCCUGGUAAUCUGCGAAUGGUUGAUCAUAGAAGGAAUGAUUUUAUUGGUCAAGAUGGUCACCCUGGUCAUCUUCGGAGGGGAGAUCAUUUAGGUCCUCACAACUUGCGAGAACCUCUGGGUUUUGGUUCUCGUCAUUCACGCAUGGGAGACAUGGCUGGGCCCGGGAACUUUGAGUCAUUUCGAGGCAACAGGCCCAGUCAUCCUCGCCUUGGUGAGCCUGGAUUUCGAAGCAGCUUUUCACUUCAGAGAUUUCCAAAUGAUGGAACUUAUACAGGAGAUCUGGAGUCUUUUGAUCACUCAAGGAAAAGGAAGCCAGCUAGUAUGGGGUGGUGUCGGAUCUGUAAAGUUGAUUGUGAAACAGUUGAAGGCUUGGACUUGCAUUCACAAACAAGGGAGCACCAGAAGAUGGCUAUGGAUAUGGUACGAAGCAUUAAGCAGAAUGCCAAAAAGCAGAAACUAACCUCUGGUGAUCAGUCCUUAUUAGAGGAUGCAAACAAGUCAAAAAUUCCAGUAUUGAGGGCCGGGGAGAAAAGCAUUGAUUGA